AUGGCGCUCUUCGAGUUUGCGCGAAAUGGACGUCUUUUCUGCCAUGCCAUGCCACUUCUUGCUGCCGUGGCGCUCACCCAGUGGAUGCUAGCGUGCCACGUCAGCGCGCAGCCUGGGCCAAUUACGUUCCGCGCGCGCAUCAGCAACACGUCGCUGGUGGGCAUCACUCCCGCGGGCCGACCAGCGCCAGCGUCCAUCGUGGCGCAGGCCAACGCCACCGGCACCAUCGCCGCCUUCUCCCCCACGCUCAACCUCUCCACCUCGAAGGUGCCGCCAUUCGCCAUCGACCAGACGUACGGCUCCUUCCAGUCCGCGUGGACCGUGCCCACUGCCACGUGGCGCGCUGUGAGAGGCUUCUUCGCCCCCAGCAGGGACUUUGGCGGCGGCCCCUUUGCUGCCAGCAACCUGACGGCCCCCCUGGCGUCGUUUGGCUUCGUUAACGGCCACCUGAGCACUGUGGCAGCGAACCAGUCGCGGGUGCACCUCUUUAUCAACUCCACCGCCGUCUUCACUGCCCGGCAGCUGCUGCUGACAGCCAAUGCAUCGGCGUCAAUAAUGAACAUAGUGAUGGGGCAGGGCCACGUGCGCAUACGCAUUCUCCUCACCGGCCUUGCUGACAACCCCUGCGCCGUGGCCCCCACGCCUCCCUCGUCACGCCCACGCCCUUGA